GAAAAAGAAAAGACUGGUCUGAGUUGCUUUGGGCACUUCAUAUAUAGCAAGAUUUUUUUUUUCGUUGAUUAAACAAAAGAAAAAUGGAGAUUUGGUUCAUCAUCCUUGUCUCCCUCUGUAUCUGCUCUCUUCUCACCUCCAUUCUUACCCAUUUCCGAAGCUCCUCAAAGCUUCCACCAGGCCCUCCUUCAAUUCCCAUCUUCACUAAUUUCCAGUGGCUCCGCAAAUCCCCACUCCAAAUUGAAUCUCUUCUCCGCAGUUUCAUCGCCAAGUAUGGCCCUCUCAUCACCCUCCCCAUCGGCAACCACCCUGUCGUCUUCAUCGCCGACCGCUCUAUUGCUCACAUAGCCCUUCUCCAAAACGGCGCCAUCUUUGCCCACCGUCCACCCGCCCUUCCCUUGAGCAAGGUCAUCUCUUCCAACCAGCACAGCAUCAGCUCUGCCUCUUACGGCCCACUCUGGCGCCUCCUCCGCCGCAAUCUCUCUUCCCAAAUACUCCAUCCUUCCCGUAUCAGAUCCUAUGGUCAAGCUCGCAAAUGGGUUUUGGAUAUUCUUCUCAAUCGCCUUCACUCUCAGUCUCAAUUUGGAAACCCCAUCUUUGUCAUCGAGAAUUUUCAGUACGCCAUGUUUUGUUUGUUGGUGUUGAUGUGUUUUGGUGAUAAGCUUGAGGAAUCCCAGAUUCGGGAAGUUGAGAACGUGGAGCGAGCGCUUCUAUUGAGUUUUCAGCGUUUCAAAAUUCUCAAUUUCUGGCCUAAAUUCACAAAGAUUUUGCUUCGAAAACGUUGGGAGGCGUUUCUCCAAAUAAGAAAAAACCAAGAGAAGGUACUAAUUCGUUUGAUUGAAGCCCGAAAAAAGAUCAACAAAAACAGAGAAAACAGAGCCCGGUGCGAAGAAAAAGAAGAAGAAUUCGUGGUGUCAUAUGUGGACACGUUGCUUGAUUUACAGCUUCCCAAUGAGGACAAUAGAAAGCUUACUAAUGAGGAAAUAGUCACCUUAUGCUCUGAGUUCCUCAACGGCGGCACCGACACAACCUCCACGACACUGCAAUGGAUAAUGGCAAAUUUAGUGAAAAUCCCAGAAAUCCAGAACAAGCUUUUGGCAGAAAUGAAAGGAGUAAUGGGAGAUAGAUCAAGAGAUGAUGAGGUGAAGGAAGAGGAUUUGGAGAAGCUUCCAUAUAUAAAAGCAGUGGUUUUAGAAGGAUUAAGAAGACACCCACCAGGGCAUUUCGUGUUACCACACGCAGUGAAAGAAGAUACAACAUUGGAGAACUACGUAAUACAAAAGAAUGGGACAGUAAAUUUCAUGGUGGCGGAGAUGAGUCGAGAUCCAAAAGUUUGGGAAGAUCCGAUGGAGUUUAAGCCGGAGAGGUUCUUGAAAGGCGGCGCCGGAAAAGAAUGUGGAGUUGUGUUCGAUAUAACAGGGAGUAAAGAGAUAAAGAUGAUGCCAUUCGGAGCAGGGAGAAGAAUGUGUCCUGGAUAUGGUCUGGCAAUUCUUCAUUUGGAGUAUUUCAUUGCAAAUUUGGUAUGGAGGUUCGAAUGGAAGGAAGUAAAGGGAGAUGAAGUUAGUUUGGAAGAGAAAAUAGAGUUCACAGUGGUGAUGGAAAAGCCUUUGAAAGCCAACAUAAUUCCCAGGUGAAUUUGUCUUGCUGUGUGAGCCUUGUGAGUUGUGAUUGUGUAACUUGCAACUUUAUCCAAAGACCAAAUUCAUAAACUGGUAAAUAAUCUCAAGGCUAAACCUUGGCUUUGACUACUUAAUUAUGUAUUAGCACAGGUGAAUCAAGUGUGCUUUGAAAUUACUUUGGAUUACUCAAAUAUAAUAAUAAUAGAUAAUAGUAAUGCAUGUUGUGAA